AUGAGUUGGAGAAUUCAUUUGGAUGUUACUUCAUUCUUGCACCAUGUAAAUACAUCAAAAAUUCAAUUGAAUUUACCUAAUUUUAUUCCAAAUCUACGAAAUCGAGAAUCCAAAAUAAAAACUAUGAUUCCUCAUCAUCGUUUAAAUCGUAAACGAUCCAAUUUAGAAGAAACUAAAUCAUUGCUAACAAUCGAAAAAAAACAAAAGAUAACAGUUGAAUUGUCAAGUUUUGUUCUUGUUUGCGGUCAAAAUAUUUGCGGUCAACUUGGCCUAUCAUCAACAAUCAUCGAACGACAUAAACCGCAAUAUUUAAAAAUUACCAAUCAUUCAGAUGUCAUCGAAAAUAUUCAAUAUAUAUGUGCUGGUGCUAUGCAUUCAUGUGCUCUUACUGUCAAUGGUCAUGUUUAUACAUGGGGUUGUAAUGAUGAUGGAGCUUUAGGUCGAAUAACAGAUCAUGUUGAUGAUGAGUACACACCUGGAUUAUUUGUAUUACCUGAAGAAAUUAAUACACUCUGUGCAGGUGAUUCAUUUACAGUUGCUUUAGCAAAAUCAGGUCGAGCUUAUAUUAGUGGUUGCUUUCGAGGUAGUGAAGGUGUACUUGGUUUAUUUCAACAUAAACAAAUAGCACAACAACCAAUUCUUAUUCCACUCAAUCAAUUAAUUAAACAGAUUGCAUGUGGUGCUGAUUUUUGUCUAUUACUAACGGAAAAUGGCGAUCUUUAUUCAUUUGGUAAUAAUGAAACUGGACAGUUAGGACGUGAUGCGACUUUUUCAACAUGGUUACAACCAUGUGAAAUUCCUUGUUUUAAACAACAACAUAUAUUAAAUAUUUGGGCUGGUGGUCAUGGAUUUUUUGUUUUAACUCAUAAUCAUCUUUAUAGUUGUGGUGCUAAUAGUUUUGGACAAUUAGGUCAUUCAUUAAAACAACCUAUUUAUUCACCACUUCAAAUUAAAGAAUUUCCAUUAGUUGAUAAAAUUAUACAAAUUGCUUGCGGUCUUCAACAUACACUUAUACUUGAUUCAAUGGGAUAUGUUUAUGGUAUUGGAAGAAGUGAUGAUGGACGUUUAGGUAAUAAUCAUAUUAAUGAUGUGAUUAUACCUAAACAAAUAGAUAAACUAAUAAAUAUUGUUGAUAUUGCUGGUGGUGGUUGUGUUUCAUUUGCUAUUAAUAAUAGCGGAGAAAUUUAUUCAUUUGGUAUGGGUGAUACAUGUCAAACAGGUCAUGGAAAUAACGAUAUUUUUGUUCCAACUUUAGUCAAAGGUAAACAAUUAGAAGAACGAAAAAUUCGACAAAUAUCAGUUGGUGCUCAACAUACACUAUUUUUAGUUAGUGAAAAAUAUUAA